AUGCAAAUAGAUUAGCACAAAACUUUCAGUCUCAGAUAAAAGCUUAUUAAGUCGAUUAAGAAAUUAGAUGUAUUUGGAAUACCAGUCUCUCUAACUUAUAAAAAUGACCCAUGCAUAAAAUCAUUUGCUGGAGGCAUGGCGACAUUGAUUAUGAGAUCAGCAGAUAUUUUCGACAUGGCAUUUAAAGUUGAAUAUAAUUUACUGAAUACAGAGCCAGAGGUUUAAAAGAAUCUAGACCAAUACGCAUAUAUCUAACUAACUUAAAAUAACUAUUUUUGGGAAGAUGUAAAAGGGAGAUCAACUCAAAUAAGAAUAAGAAACAGAUUAGAAACCGGAAAGUGCGAAUAUGGUAGAUUAGGACUAACUCGAGAUAGUAUUGAUUAUCUCAACAUCAUUAAAACUUAUGAAUGCCCUUUGAAUUUCAAAUUUUAACUGUAGGAUAUAAAUGAUUUCUCUGAAAAUCCUAUAAAAAAUUCGCUUAAACCUUACUUUUUGACUCCUUCAUAUAACACUUCUCAUUCUUAUCUGUUCCUAUUAAGUGAAAAUGAAGUCAAAUUGCAGGAUUCUAUGCUUUAUGGCAACGAAGUAAGGAAAAAAUAUAUUGAGACGAGACUAGAUUACCUUAAUGUCCAAGAAAUUCAAGCUGAGGGAGGUUUUAUUUAGAAGACUGUUUACUUUACUUCUCUUGUUAAAAGUCUAUACCUAUACUAAAGUUAAGAAAAAACAAAAGAUGGUUCAAAUCAGCCAAAGAAUAUUUUAACGAGAUUAUAAAGAAUAAUGCAAUAGUUGACUAGCAGAUAAAAACUACAUUAUUCCUUGGUUGAUGUAUUUUAAGCUUGCCUUAAACGCAAGAGGUUAAUGACAAGAUUUAAUACACAUUAAUACGCUCGAGAAAAACUUUAUUAAAAUGGAAUUAAAAAGAUUAGACAAGAGUUAGAUAUUAGACAUAUUGUUAAAGAGCUCAGAAAUAUUAGGUUUAUCUAAAAAGUUCUUCUGGACAAAUACCAAAGGUCGAUGAUAAAGUAUUUUAAGGGCAAUCUCCUUAAUGAAGCACCUGAUUUGAAUAAUAAAUUUACUUAAGAUAAUGUCAUGAUUUAUCUGAAACAGAUUUUGUCUAAAGAAAAAUAAAACUCAUUUGAUAAAAGAUUAAUGAAAUCUAUAGAAAUAUCUUAACAAGAAAAUAAUCAGUUCUAAGAGGUGUUUAUGAUAGAUCAUUCUUAAAAAUACUAAAAUAAGAUAAAUGAAAGUCUGAUAAGAAAAAAAUCUAAUAUUCCAGUAAAAAAAAUUAGUCCUUCACCAUUAGAGCUUAAAAAAAAUAAAUUAAGAAAAUUGGGUUCUAAUAUUUCUCAAAAUUCAUCAUAAAUUUCAAUUAUUUAAGAUAACUAGUGCAGUCUUAAUUAGAGUCAGAUUCAUCUCACUAAUGAACCUAUGAGAAAGAGAACUGAUUAAGAUCUCCAGAAUAGUUUGCAAAUAUCAGAAAUUAGUGAGUACUUUAAUACAAACUACGAUAACUAUGCUUAAUAAAUGGAAAGCUUUGAUAAUUAAAGUUAUUUGUAGCUUAGCAAAAUAUAAAAUGAUAAAGAGAAUUUAUGA